UUUCAUCGAAAAGAUCUUUACCGUCUUAAUGAACGGCCAAAACCUGACUCCGACAACCCCUUGAAGAUAUCCAGGUCCACUUUAUUGCAGCUCAGCGUUCCCCAUCAGGCGGCAGAGACACGGAGUCGAGAGCGCGAGCGCAACGACGCCCCGUUUCGCCUCGAUAAUAUUGCUGUUGUUGACUCGAUAAAGUACGGGCAACUACUUCUCAGGCGUAUCUUUCACUGGAUCAUAACUUUUCUUUCUCUUUCCAGUCACUUUCCCCCAUCUGUCUUCCCGGCAGCCACGUGACAAGCCCUACUGGCGUUGCCUUGAAUUCCUUCCAGUUGGAAGUCCUCACCCAAUUGUCAAACACAUUGCGCACUCGAAACUCAACCUCGGAUUUCUCCCAUGGAGCUACUCGAUAUCCCGCACGAGUUGUUUGCUCGCGUCAUCCAUCUUCUCGUCGAGACGGUGGGCGUUUGCGAAGCCUUCCGAUACCGGCCGGUAUGCAAGCUGUUUGCUGCCGAGAUCUUCCAGAACGUCGUUGCGUUUCAACCUAUGGAUGCCUUCACGGACCCUAUCACUCAAUCAAAUCAAAAGCAAAUCUGGCAUCUAGAUCGGUUCGUGAAACGCUAUGGUGCGGUUAUCAUGCGUAAUAGAGUCGAGGUGCCGAAUGGAUUCUCCUCCGACCUCCUUACCUGGGCUAAAGAUAUGGUCGAGGCAUUGCUACGUGUGCAAGGUUCAGAGUCGGAAGUCACAAGGAAGCAAUAUACCAAAGACCUCUGCCAGUCCAUUGCUGCAAACGUUUCCGGCCAGGUCCUACGGAAGCUCUUAAUUGGCCAGUCUCAAAACAUUUCCAGCCAAGUUCUACCGGGGGUCAUCAUUAACCGGCCUCAGGACGUCUUCGUGCCUCCUCUCGACGAAAUUACAUCGAAGUCUCCAGGGACCUUGUUCAUUGCCGCAGCUGCUGCCACCGGAAACUCCAGUAUUGUUCGACAGUCGCUUGAAACGAGCGACACACACCUCUUUCGCAACUGCUCCCCGUUCCGCAACAUUCUGGCCGCGGCGGCGGGAUCUGGAAAGGUCGAAGUUAUGGAAAUCAUCUUGGACCAGUUCUCCUUUGCGUUCAUUAGAAAGCAACAGCUUGCGGAUACAAUCCAUAGGAAGCGUGUGCGACUGAAGGUCUUUAAAGACCGACUUAAAGAUGCUCUCCACGUCGCCUUCUUCGGUCGACAGAAGGACGCGGGAGAAAUGCUGCUCUUGUAUCUGUCGCGGCGCCCGGAAUUCUCUGGCUAUGAUUUCCCUCAUCUUCAGAAUUAUAGAGGCAAUACUACGGAAAAAUUCGCUUUCGGCGAGUGUGUUCGAUGCGACAAUAGCGAGCUUAUCUGCUCCACGCUCCGAUUCAAAUAUGGCGGAACCCUCAAGGCCUCGCAAAAUGACUACAUAUGCAUCCUUAACCAGGCAGCAACUGAGAUCCUUAAGAGGUUGCUUAUCCAAGGCCUGGUGGAUCCCAAUCACGUCAAGAGCACCACCCCUCUCAUGAACGCCAUCCGAAACCACAACUACCGGGUUGCCAAAAUCCUCUUGAAGAAUGGAGCAGACAUCGACGGAACUUCCAAAGGAGAAGACGGCGUGACUGCGCUGUGGCAUGCAGCCAACGCUGGCGACAAGUCGGCUGUGAAGUUCUUGCUGGAGCACGGUGCCGACCCAGAUUCGAACGUUGGCUGGAGGUCGCCGCUUCAGGCUGCAAAGGACCGUGGACACGACGUCAUUAUCAACCUGCUCUGUGAGGCCAAAGAAGCCCGAGAGUAGGAGUACCGGCCUGGACUCUAGAAACCCACUUCCCGACGCCUUCGAUUGACAAAGCCCACCCACGCUGGGAAUAACACUUCCUCCAAUGGCGUCAGAUAUUUUGUUACCUGUGCGGCCAUGUUAAUGGAAAGCAUUUUCGGAUCCCGUAGGCCAAGUCAAUGAAAUCCUC